AUGGUGGAUCAAGCAACACCCGACGCAGCCACCUUGGCAGCAGUGACGGCGUUCCUGCGCGACUGCGAGCUGUCCAUCGACUGUCUUACUCAAGACGACAGCAGUCCUUCAUGGUCCCCCGCAGCGGAGAAUGGGAAGGCCAGAGGUUUUGAACGCAGAGAUCAGUAUCGCAGGAAGGUGGAAAACGAAAGGCAGAUGCUGCAGCGACAAGAGCGUGAACUGUCGAGGAUGCUGAAACGACUACAGGAUGCCCGCUCCAGGGAGAAGCAGCAGGAGAAAGAGUCGUACACGAUGGCGUUGAGUGUCGGCCUUGCGCCAGCAAGAGCUCCGCAGCGUCUGGGCAGUAGUUUGGUGGGGACUGUAUCCUCAGGAAUGAACACUGGCUUGCUGUUCAAGACGUUCGUGGACGAACUAGACUCGUUGCACGCUCAGACUGACGCUGUGCUUUCAAACGCAGAAGUCAAGGUGUUGCAGCCAGAGUCGUACGCAGCCAAGCGGGGCUGGACUCAAGACGGAGAUCUCCUGACACGGGCGGAUGAGACCGAACUCCCCUUCGACUCACUACCGUGGAGAGAUCGAGAACCCAGAGAAUACGGCGGCUAUAACGUAUCGCCAAUCUUCACGCUGGAGUCUGGAGACAGCGCAACGUUAGUCGUCUACACAGUGGUGCGGAGAUAUGUCGAAGCGGAUCGCGUAGUGUUCAUCUGGCGAGUCCUCAGUGAAGGACAGGGAGAGUUUGACGGCUUGUACGCGGAUGAGCGCGCGUGGCUACCAGUCUCGAGUGACCCGCGUGGGAAGCGAUUUAUCAAGCUUCUGGUGAUGAUGGACGAGGAAGAUCUAAACGACGUCACUCAAGCGUUGCAACGGCUGCUGGCCAAGUCGCAAAAUACCGCACUCGCGAAAUGGCAGGCGACGAGUCGUCGCGCGUUCCAACUCGAGUACGAGGCGUCGGUGCGUCUCGCGCCAGAGGAGGCUCAGCAACACGGCCCGUUGGUAAGGCUUCGAACAAAGCAGGGCACUUCGGGGGCAUGUCUGGAGAGGAGCAGGCUCAAGGCCGCUGACCGACGCGAUCGUUAUCGCAAGAAGCUCCAGAACGAGCGGGAGACGCUGAAGCGGCAGGAGCGAGAGCUCUCGACCGAGCUCAAAGCGCUGCAGGAGGCCACGGCCAAGGCCAAAGAGGAGGAGAAGAAGGCCAAUACUCUGGCGUUGAGCGCGUGGCGGGCGACCGCAGCGCGUCAGAAGGAAAAGCGACUGGAAGCGGAGAACCAGCAGCGACACCUCAAGGCUGCUGUGGCUCAUCAAGCCGAGCUGAUCCGGCAGAUGAACGCGCUCUUGCUGCAACCCCUGGCGGUGGACAAGCCGUUCAAGAGCCUAGAAGCAGGGCCCAAAAGCCACACACUGUUCCGGACGUUCGUGGGUGAGCUCGACUCGCUGUACGCGAGGACCAACGACGUCAUGACCGGCGUGAAAUUCAAGCAGUGGCCGCCGGAGCGGUUCAGGUGGGCGCUGUCGUGGAACGAGACCAAGACCGCGCUCGAGGGGGCGAACGCGACCGUGAUGCCGUUUACCGUCGAGCAGAUCACGCGAACCAUGUCAGUGUUGUUGUUAUCGGGCGAGACCGGAAACCACUACACGGGGGAGAUCGACGGCCCGGACAACACGGCAGCGCUAUCGUACAACCUGCAGUACACGUUGCCAUCCGGGGACAGCGCGAGUUUAACCAUCUACAACGCCCUUCGGCGCUUCGUCGAGGUCGAGCGCGUGGUGUUUGUGUGGCGCGACCUUAUCGAAGGACAGGGGGAGUUCGAGGACCUAUACGCGAACGAGCACGCGUGGCUCGCGCUGCGGCCGUCGACGGACGAGGCUGGCCGUCCGACGACGAUCUCGGAGAGCUGCGCGCAGGUGCAUAUCCUCGGGUUCAACGGGCCAGUGGAGGGCGGGGGCGCGCGCGGAGACCGAUUCGUCGAGUUGCUGGCGCACGCCGACUCGGAAGACAUGAAGGAGCUCCGCCAAGCGAUGCGGCGGAUGCUCCUGGACAGUGAGACCAACGAUGAGGCCGACGUGCUCGAGUUGAAACUGUAG